AUGUCGUCUCUGCGCAUCCUGCUGAUUGGCAACGGCGGCCGCGAACACGCGCUGGCUUGGAAGCUUGCGCAGUCACCGCUUGUGGAAUCCAUCAUUGCGGUGCCCGGCAACGGAGGCACGGCGCGCCUGCAAAAGGUGACCAACGACACGUCGGUGGCCGCCGACGACUACCCGGGCCUCGUUGAGCUCGCAAGGAAGAAUGGUGUCAACCUCGUGGUUCCCGGCCCCGAGGCGCCCCUCGUCGAUGGCGUCGAGGGCUUCUUCCGCGACGCGGGCAUUCCCGUCUUCGGCCCCUCCAAGGCCGCCGCCCGCAUGGAGGGCAGCAAGACCUUCUCCAAGGACUUUAUGAAGAAGCACAACAUCCCGACCGCCGCCUACGAGAACUUCUCCGACUACGACAAGGCUUGCCAGUAUGUCAAGUCCAUCAGCCACAAUGUCGUCAUCAAGGCCACCGGCUUGGCCGCCGGCAAGGGCGUGAUAAUCCCGCAGUCGCAGGAGGAGGCCCUGCAGGCGCUCAAGGAGAUCAUGCUGGACAAGGCUUUCGGCCCUGCUGGCGACGAGGUGGUCAUUGAGGAAUUCCUGACGGGCGACGAGCUGAGCAUCUUGUCCUUCUGCGACGGCACCACCAUCAAGUCGCUGCCCCCGGCCCAGGACCACAAGCGCAUUGGCGAGGGCGACACCGGCCUCAACACGGGCGGCAUGGGCUGCUACGCCCCGACCAGGCUGGCCACGCCGCAGCUAAUUGCCCGCAUCGAGCGCGAGAUUCUUCAGCCGACCAUCGACGGCAUGCGCAAGGACGGCUUCCCCUUCCGCGGCUGUCUCUUCACCGGUCUCAUGAUUGCCCCCGACGGCACCCCCAAGGUCCUCGAGUACAACGUCCGGUUCGGCGACCCGGAGACGCAGACGGUACUCCCGCUGCUUGAGUCGGACCUGGCGAAGAUCAUGUACGCCUGCGCGGGGCCUGUCCCCUACCUCGAGGACAUUCAGGUCAAGAUCUCGUCCAAGUUCAGCACGACCGUGGUGGUUGCCGCCCCAGGCUACCCGGAGUCGUACCCCAAGAACAUUCCCAUGCAGGUGGCGGAUGCGCCCCAGGAUACCAACAUCUUCCAUGCCGGCACAAAGCUCUCUGGCGAUUCUCUGCUGACCUCGGGCGGCCGUGUCAUCGCGGCCACCGCAACCGGGGACUCGCUCCGCGCCGCCGUCGACCGGGCCUACGAGGGCGUCAAGCUGAUUAGCUUCGAUGGCAUGUACUACCGCAGGGACAUUGCGCACCGCGCCUUCCGCGCCUCCGACGCCUCCGAUAAGCUCACCUACGCCCAGUCCGGCGUGAGCAUCGACGCGGGCAACGAGCUGGUCGAGCGCAUCAAAGCCGCCGUCUCAACCACCCGACGCCCCGGCGCGGACGCCGUCAUCGGCGGUUUCGGCGGCGAAGUCGACCUUUCGGCGGCCGGCUACCCCAACGCGCCCAUCGUCGUCGGCGCCAUCGACGGCGUCGGCACCAAGCUUAUCAUCGCGCAAAAGAUGAACAAGCACGACACAGUCGGCAUCGACCUUGUCGCCAUGAACGUAAACGACCUGGUCGUGCAGGGCGCCGAGCCCUUCAUGUUCCUCGACUACUACGGCUGCUCGCGCCUCGACGUCUCGGUCGCCGCCUCGUUCGUCUCCGGCGUCGCAACGGGCUGCAUCGCCGCCGGCUGCGCCCUCGUCGGCGGCGAAACCGCCGAGAUGCCGGACCUCUACUCGGGCGACGACUACGAUGCCGCCGGCGCCGCCGUGGGCGUCAUGCUCGCCGAGCAGCGCCUCCCCCGCAAGCAGGCUAUGCGUGAGGGCGAUGUUCUGCUGGGUCUGGCGUCGUCGGGCGUGCAUUCGAAUGGGUUUUCGUUGGUGCGCAAAAUUGUGAAGACGCGGGGUUUGGAGUAUACGGAUCCGUGUCCCUGGGACGCGUCGACGACGCUCGGUGAGGCGCUGCUCACGCCCACGCGGAUCUAUGUUAAACCGCUGCUGGAGGCCUUGGCCAAGACCGGCGAGGCGAUUAAGGGUAUGGCGCAUAUCACCGGCGGCGGGCUCACGGAGAAUGUGCCGCGCAUGCUGCCGGAGCACCUGGCGGGCGAGAUUGAGGUUGGAAGCUGGGAGGUGCCGGCCGUGUUCAAGUGGCUGGGCAAGGCGGUUGAGCCGGCUGAGAUGGCGCGGGCGUUUAACAAUGGGCUGGGCAUGGUGCUGGCUGUGGAUGCGGCGAGGGUGGAAGACGUCGUGAGGGUUCUGGAGGGGGCUGGGGAGAGGGUGUGGAAGGUUGGAAGGCUUGUGAACAGGGAAGAUAAGGGGAAGGGGUGCGUAUUGAGGAAUCUGGAGUUGUGGGCUUAG